AUGCCUUCGGUUAAACGUGUUUUCGCUGCUCUUGCCACUACGGCCUUCACUUCCGUGAAUGCAGCAAUGGGUCCUGCUUGGAGCACAGGGCCUGUUGGCUCUGGCUCCUGGAUCCGGGAGGCUUAUUCCACUCUGAUUCUCCCUGCAUCGCCCACUGGCUCUACCGGUGAUCUCUCUCUGUGGGUUGGCAUGGGGACCUCGUACGGUGACCUCAUCCAGUCCAUCGCCGACAAUUGGUCGUCGUCAAGCAGCUGGGAGGUCUUCACUUACACUCUAAAGAAAACCGGAGACAACUCACAAACUCCUAUUCAGGGCCCUUCAUUCCCAGCUAAAGCUGGAGACAAAAUCGGCUUCCACUACAAAUACGAUGAUUCGACUGCAACCUAUAAGCAGAUUCUUUCAGUGAACGGUGUUACCGUAUAUACCAUGUCAACCGAGGACGGCCACGCAGAGGGGUUCGGUAGCGCCGUCGAGUGCGCCGAGACCAACUGCGGUACCGUUCCUGCCCAUAGCUGGAGUGGCACCACCAUUAUCCUCAACACUGCAGACCCUAAUUAUGCCAAGACCCUUGGCAGAAGCUCUGGUGUCACUGGCGGCGACCUUUCAACUUCGGAUGGUGGCAAAACCUGGACGGCUACCAAGAUCACAAUCCCCAAACAUACCUUCUAG